AUUUUAAAUAGAUAUUCAAUCUUGAUUAGCUUUAAAUAAUGGCACAAGGUAACGUGCCCUCGGUUCUGGAAGGUACAUAUUUUGUUCAAGACGAAAUCGACGGCUUACAUUCGGACGAUUCCGGUGCGGAUCAUUUACACAAAUCGGGUGUUGCAUUACGUGAGCAAGAUCGAUUCCUGCCGAUAGCCAAUAUCACCAAAAUAAUGAAGAAAGGAAUUCCCUCCAAUGGAAAGAUUGCAAAAGAUGCCCGCGAAUGUGUUCAGGAGUGCGUCUCGGAAUUUAUUUCGUUUAUCACCUCCGAAGCUAGCGAACGAUGCCAUAUGGAGAAACGAAAAACCAUCAACGGAGAGGACAUUCUGUGUGCGAUGUACACGUUGGGAUUCGAUAAUUACGUGGAGCCUUUGAAAUUGUAUCUCACCAAAUAUCGAGAUAGUACAAAAACUGAGAGGUCUAGUCCCGAACAAACACCGGAACAUCAGCAACAGUAUGAAACGAUUGAUCAGGACUACAGUUCCAUGCAACCGUCAAAUGCGAGCACCUCGGUAUCCGGCAAUGUUAUUUACCAAGGAUCAGAUGGUGGUUAUUACUUGAAAAGUAAUACUUUUUAGGAUUAAGAUCAGAGAUACCUAGCUAUAAACACUGUAUGUUUGAGGUA